AUGAUCGACACCGACAAACUACUCUUGCCUCUAUCCGAUGCAAAAAAGAAUAUUGUCUUACUGUUAAAUGGAUGUUUCAAUCCAAUACACAACAAUCACAUUCGUCUCUUAGAAGUCGCACGCGAACAUCUAAAUACGUUGGAUACAUAUCAUAUCGUUGGUGGAUAUGUUUCUCCAACUCAUGAUGCCGCUAUUCAACGGAAAAUAUCGACUAUUCAUGCAACAUGGCAAAAUCGUCUCGAAAUGUGUCGACUAGCUGUUCGAGAUUCAUCAUGGAUUAUGGUAGAUGGAUGGUUAGUCUCGCAAGAGAGAAAUAUCGGUGCUCAACAAUCUAAACAGCAUUUAAAAGAUUUCCUGUGUAAAUCUUAUCCUUCGAUUGAAGUUGUAUCGGUAUGUGGUGGUGAUGCUUUACCAAAAUUGAAAGUAACAUUUAAAAAAGAAUUGGUAAUAUGCGUAAAUAAUCGACCGAUUGAAGAUUUCGACUUUGACGAAUGGUUUCAUUCACCAGCCAUCGAACAAUUUCAUCAUAAUAUCAUUCUCAUACAUGAUAAUCAAUGUAGUAAAUACAUAAGUAGUACGAAUAUUCGUCGACGAAUCAGUGAAAAUCGUUUUGAUUUAUUGAUUGAUGAUCUUCAUCCAUCAGUGCUCGAUUACCAUCGUGAACAAGAAAUCACUUAUCGUUCGGCAGAUGAAACUGUUCUUUGGUCUGAACUCGGCGGAAAUGACGGUGUUGUACUUGGACAAGGUCGAUGUGCGACGGUUUAUCAGAAAGAAUAUAAACAUCGACAUGUUGCUGUAAAAGUUAUACGGGAGCGUAGACAAUUUGUGAACGAAUUGAAAGUUUUAACACUAUUGGCUAAUGAAACAUCAUAUCAUGUAAAUCUCAUUGAAAUAUAUGGCAUAGGUGAUCAGUUUUGUGUCAUGGAAAAAUGUGAUAUAGAUCUUCUUUCAUACAUUGAGAAGAAUCGAAUGUUUCAUCAAACAAAUGUUGACUGGAUUUGUUCAUUUGAUUUCACUUGGCAUUCUUCAUCGUGA